AAAUAUAAUUUAGUUGUGUUUUAUAAAUCGUGCUGGUCAUUUACAUUAAUUUGCGAACAUAUUCAAAAAAUUAAACUAUAAUUUAAGCAAAAAAAAAUAAAUAAAUAAAAAACAAUGUCAUUUAGUAAAGAUGCAGAAAUUGAAUGGCUAAAAGCCGUAAUAAUACCAAAAUUAUUAAAACAACAGAAAAUAAUUGAAAAUUUUAAUGACAGCGAUUCAGAAGAUUUUCAAAUACUUAAUAUUGAGAUAAAAGUGGUGGGAGCGGAAGAAGCUUUCAUGUUAACGACCUGUUACAGAGCUGCCCUGGAAUAUCAGUUUAAAGGUGUCCACAAUAAAGUUAAUUUCUUUAUCAAGAAAACUCCCCAACUACCCCAAGAACUAUUCGAUAAUAUCAACUUUAAUGCUCUCUUUACCAAUGAAAUCCUGGCCUAUGAGAAACUUAUGCCCGUCCUACAGAACUUUGCUAAAAUCGAUUUGAAAAUUGCCAAAUUUUAUUAUGCCGAAUUGGGUAGCAAUUUCGCCACCGUUAUAACAGAAGAUUUCUCUAGCUACGAAUGGACGGUAUCCAAGGAAAUGGUCAAUAUAUCAUUGGCCCACAUACUUUUGGGUGUCAAAUAUUUGGCUGAAUUUCAUGCCAUGGGUUUUGCGUGGCGCCACCAACUUCCACAACAGUUUCAGGAAUUCACAAAAGAUCUUAAAGAAUCACGUUAUGGCUCUGAGUUACAUCCACUUUGGGCCAUUAGCUUAAGAGAAACUAUACGAAGAGCUAUAAUAGCCACUCAGAAAUAUGAAACAUCUGUGGAUGAAAAGUUUUUGAAAAAUUUCGCCAAAUUGGUGGGUGAUAAUUAUCAUUUUGGUAAGGAGCUGGUUAAGCCCCGUGAGCCUUUGGUAACAUUGUGUCACGGUGAUUAUUUGCGUAAUAAUGUGGCAUUUAAAUAUGACAAAGAUGGUCAGCCGGUGGAUGUUAUGAUGUUUGAUUUGCAAACACUGAGAAUAUCUUCGCCAAUGGUGGAUUUAUCGGUUUUCUUGUCUCUCUCCACAUUUGCCGAAGUGCGUGCGAAACAUUUUGAGGAGAUUUUCAGGGCGUACAGUGAAACAUUGAAGGUAACUUAUGAGAGGCUGGUGCCGGGAGCAUUACCAGAGUAUUUAAGCCACAAUUCCCUACUUAGAGAAUACAUCAAAUUCUUACCCUACAGUAUUGGUGUCUGUGCAUCGUUCCUUAUGAGUCUAGUCGAGCCCAAGACAGAGACAUCCCAAGAAAUGCUAAUGGCUCAGCCAACAGAAGAGGAAAUGAUACAGGAGGUAAUGACCAGAGGUGGUGAAGUUGUCGAUCGUGAAUUGGCUCAUCAAAUCAAAGAAUUGCAUGAACUGAAUAUAGCAAAUGAAGGCAAUAUUUUUAGUGAAAUUUAACAAACAAAAAAAAAAUAGAAAAAUAAAAUUACUUGUAUAUUAAUUAAAAUACCAA